GACACAAACUUUUGUAACUCAUCAAAGUGACUUUUGAGGUUAAAAAACACUUACAAAAUUACCUGUAAUCACCGCCCACGUAACCAUUACCCCGAAAAAACACGUCCGCUAGGCCCCGUUUUCCGUCCGAUAAGAGUUAAUAGUAUCCGUCAAAAUUGACCUAAUACACGAAGUAAUGGAUAUCCACCAAAAAACCCGACAGUUUUCGGGGCAAUUGUAUAAGUAUACGAACGUAAUGAAAGGGUGGCAAUAUCGAUUCUUUACGGUAGAUGGGAGCGCGGGGCUACUUCACUAUUUCCUCUGUGAGGGUGAAAAACCCGAAGGAUCUACCCCUCGUGGAUCUGUACAUUUAGCUGGAGCUGUUAUUUGUCCAAGCGAUGAAGACUCUAAAACUUUCACUGUUAACUGUGCUUCUGGAGAUAUGCUAAAGUUAAGGGCUGCUGAUGCUAGAUCUAGACAAGAAUGGGUUAAUGGAUUAAGAGCUGUUGCAGAAUCACAUACAAAAGCAAUAAGUGCUACAAGUCCACCAUUACCUCCAAGAGAACAUUUAGCUGUGCUAGAUGCAAUGGGAAGUGCAAAAACACAAUUACAGAACACAGAACAAGCUGACUUAGCAUUAUGUCGGGUGUUAGAAGCAGCCGGAAGUACAUUUAUAAAUGAUCCAAAUUUAUUAUUAUUAAAAGCAACUUCAGCAGCAUCUUUACAUUGUUUAUUGCAGUGCUACAACAUCUUGCAGAGGAAUCAACAUCAGCCGGCGAGAACAGGGUUGGUUAUUGAUGACGAUUAAUCAAAGUUUGACAAUAUUAGACCGAAAUAUACAUAUUUUUUUCUUUAUUUAUACUUAAAUAAUUUUAAGCUAACUCGAUAAAUUUUAAUACCUAAAGUCUAUCUUAGAUAAAAAUUUUUUUUUGUAUUUAUAGUUGCAUUAUAGGAGUGCCAUAGAUUUUAAAAAUAUAUCAUAGUAUUUUAAACGAUAAGGGAAUAAAAUUAUGAUUAGUGAAAUUAAUUAAUUAAUGUAAUUCCAUUUUCAGAUGCCCGUCGAUCGGCAAACCACAAUUUCUAGUAAUUUUAAAGAUGAUAUCUACUAGGAGUUAAAUUUAUAUACUUAGCAUUUUUUCUGUCCUCUUUUUGUAUAUACUUUAUACAUGAUAUUAUACAAUCGAAAUGUAAAUAAAAAUAAUAGUAAUUGUAAGAAAA